AUGUCAGCACCAGGAGCAGGCAACCGCUCGGCGGGGAGAUCGAAGCAGAACUACUUCAAGGCCGCUCGAGGUGGAGGUGGCGGCGAUAGGGGCCGCGGCGGAGGAGGGAGAGGACGGGGACGUGGCAAGCCUCCAGCACCAGGAGGGGCGGGCGGGCCAUCCUAUACUGCCGAGGAUGGCAGGGUGGUUAACCCGCUAGGACGGUAUCGCGAGGGAAUAGCCUUGCUGGGAUUGACCGCACCGGGGAUCAGCGUAACGACUGUCCAAUUCAAGGAGCGCUCGGCGGAAAGAGAGGUGAUAGAGUAUCUGGAAACAAUAGUAGACGAGCUGGAAGAAUCAAAUCCGACUUCAUCUGCAGAGCCAGCAAUGGACGAUAUCGAGGCCGAGUUGAAGCAGGAGCUAGAGGGGUUGUCAGGAGCUGCCAAAGUCAAGUCGACCCGCUUCAGAUUGUGCCAACAUGACACGCCCUGCGUGAUCUACAUCAACGUCCUUGCUCCGCUCGACCCGGUUCAGUUGGUACAGCGGAUACUCGAAAAGGUGGAGAGGACCGGACAAUCGCCUUUCAAAUAUGUCAAGCGUCUGGUGCCCAUACUGGCGGUCGGUGGAGCCACACUGAAGCAAAUCGGCGAUGUUGCUGGGCCACUAGUAGCUGAGCGCUUUGCUACUCACGACAACAGACCCCUCAAAUUCGCCAUUCAGCCCAACUCACGGAACUCCAACAAGCUGGACAGGCUCGAGUUGAUCAAGAAGAUAGCGGAUGAGGUGAUUGCGCUCCCGGCGGGUCACACGGUAGAUCUCACCCAUGCGGACCGGACCAUUCUGGUCGAGGUUGAUAAGAAUGCCUUUGGCAUCUCGGUAGUAGAGCACUAUGACCGGUUCAAGAAGUACAACCCCUCGUCCAUCGCCGAGGCACUCGCCAAAGCUCGUGCUGCCGAGGAGCCUACUUCAGCCCCAGCUACAGGCGAAGCAUCCGCCAAGAACACCGCCAAUCGCUCGGCUCGGGCAGCUGCGAUCAACGCCGCGUCGGGGGUAGGAGGCGGGGAGAAGAGGAAAGCAGAGGAGCAGGACUCGGAGGACGUUGAGAUGGGAGACGAUAAUGCAGACUCGGCGGAUGUCCCGGCGAGCAAAGUACAGAGGACAGUAUGA